CUCGGCCCCGCCGCGGUGUGCGCGUACGGAGGCCCACGAGGCUCCGUUGCCUCCGCGGCUGCUUGGCGCUCCGGCGGGUUGAGGUCGUUACAAAUCAAGAGGAGUCGAGAAUCUGAUGGCAUGGCUUUAAUUACCUUGCGCAGGAACCUUUGUCAUUUAUCUGAUUUUCGGAUACAUGGAGCUCUGGCUGCUCUGAAAAAUCAACCUGUAAAUCAUGUUCACAAGGUCGUCAAGGAGCAUCUGUGUCCAUGGUUCUGUUCCCUACAACUUGAGCCUUUCAGGGUCAGGUUCCAUCAUGCCUGUUGUAAAAAGUUCCAUUCAGAAAAUGGAAAUGACCUUCAUUCAACUGGUGAGCCGGUAUUCUCUCAAGUACAUGAUUGGGACAGGCUUGAACAAAAUCUUAAAAACGUGGAUGAACAGAUAUUUUACAGGAGACUAAACAACUUCACCUCAUCAGAAGAACUGUUACAUUUUAUAAGCACACUGCAAACUUUGCCUGAUACGAUGGCAGCAGGAGCCUUGAAACGGAUUUGUGAAGUGGAAAGAAAAGAUGGCGAUCAAAGGCUGCCAAAAGAAAUACUAGAGAAUAGUGUCUUUCAAGCUUUAUGCAUUCAAUUUGAACAAGAACCUUCAAAUCUGUCAAACACUGGUUUGGUGACUGCUUUGCAGGCCCUGACUCUGUUGUAUGUGGAUCCCCAAAGUAGCCUGUUACUGAACCUGCUGGCAGAAUGCCAGCGUCGUCUCCAAAGGGGUGACCUAGAAGUUCACAGUCUUUGUGUUCUGGGGGAAAGUCUCAUUAAACUGCAAGGUCCAAGUUGUGCAGCACUAGAACUGGUUAUAUGUCAACUGCAAGGUGAAAAAUUGGAAAAAUUUACCCCCGGGGGUAUUGUGGCCCUUUAUAGACUACUGCAGGCAUGUCCUGAAAAAGUGGACCAACACCAGACGUUUCUAAAUAAGAUAAACAACUUUUCUCUGUCAAUAGUUUCCAACCUGAGUCCUACAUUGAUAAGCCAAAUGCUCACUGCCCUAGUGGUUCUUGAUCAAACUCAGGCACUUCCUCUGGUUAUAAAAUUGGGUAAAUAUGUUGUGAGGCAUAUCCCUCAUUUCACUAAUGAAGAGCUCGUAAAAGUCUUAGAGGCUUUCAUAUACUUUGGGCACAAUGACAGGUUUUUUACAAAAGCCCUAGAGCAACACGUGGCCUCUCUGUGUCUCACCUUGGAUCCUGAGGUUGUCAGCAAAGUCAUGGAAUACUGUGGUCGAAAACUGAUUCUUUCAAUACCCAUCCUCGAUGCAGUGGCAGAAACUUUUCUUUGCCAAUCAGAAAAAUUUUCACCUAGUCAAAUUUCUGAGUUGGUAGAACCAUUUGGGAAACUCAAUUAUUUGCCACCAAAUGCCUCUGCUUUAUUUAGAAAACUAGAAAAUAUGGUACUUGCUCAUUGCAAUUAUUUUCCACCCAAAACACUAUUGAAACUUCUCCAUUCAUGUUCACUUAUCGAAUGCCAUCCAGUCAACUUUAUGGCAAAAAUAUUCAGCCCUUAUUUUCUUCAACAGCUGCAAGGUGAUGAAUCAUACUUGGACAGACUGAGCCUGGCACAACUGACCCAGCUUUUCUUAACCUCGAUCCUAGAAUGCCCUUUCUAUAAGGGUCCAAAACUUCUUCCUAAAUAUCAAGUGAAGUCAUUUCUCACUCCAUGCUGCUCCCUGGAGACCCCUGUGGACUUCCAGCUUUAUAAAUCUGUGAAGACUGGGCUGAUCGAUCUCCUAGGAGCAAGGGUGUAUUUUGCUUCAAAAGUGUUAACGCCCUAUCGUUACACGAUAGAUGUUGAAAUUAAAUUAGAUGAAGAAGGAUUUGUAUUACCAUUUACAGUUGAUGAAGAUGUACAUAAAAGGGUAGCACUGUGCAUUGAUGGUCCAAAACGGUUUUGUUUGAACAGUCAACGCUUACUGGGGAAGGAAGCGAUUAAACAGAGACACCUGCGCUUGCUUGGCUAUCAAGUGGUUCAGAUCCCCUAUUACGAGAUUGAGAUGCUAAAAUCAAGACUUCAGUUGGUGGAAUAUUUACAAAGAAAACUGUUUUCUCAAAAUGCUGGUGUUCAUCGGUAACAAGAAGGAAUACUGGCCUCACCACUCAGAUAGUGCAAGAACUUGUGUUUUCGUGGGACUCCGUAUAAGAAAAAGAAUAUAAUUUGUGAAUUAGCCAUUUGUAUAGGAACUGGGGGGAUCUGGAAAGGGUGUUUGGUUUUCCUUAUACCAUGGGUACACUUACCAGUGGUAAAUUUAAAAUUAAUUUUUAUUUUUAUUUA